CUUUUUCAAAAUAUAUCAAAAAACUAGAGACGCUGAUUUGUUUGGCAUUUCCUUUUAAUAAAACAACACUUGAAGAACACAGAAAACAUAAAACAAAAAACUUUAAAACAAACAAAAGUUCCAGUAAUAGAGGGGAAAACAUGUCGGAAGUGCCGUGCGAUGUGCAAUUCGUGCGUUGCUUGAAGUGUCUCAAGGUGAUUAAGUGCUCACGCUAUGAUACCGAUGGAUUGGUGCAGCAUGUCGCUCAGGAUCAUCCGGAAAUUAUAGAACAAGCGAACGAGAAGAUCAAAAAACUAUAUAAAUUAGCUGCCGCCCAUGGCAUUAGUCAGGAGAGGCUAUCGCAGAUUAGCAAAAAGACAGGCAUGUCCGAGGAGCGAUUGGCCGAUGAGGCAGAAAAGUAUAUGGCCAAGAAGAAGAAAAGUGGAAGCAACUUGUCGAUUGCAGCUUCUGGUCAGAAUGUUGCCGAGGGAUUGUCCUUUAGGCCUAAUCGUGCCAAGUCCUGCGAUUCGAGAGACUUGAGUCGUCGUCAAUAUUAUCGCGCUUCCAUUGAACGUUGGACGGCCACAGAUGGGGCCAUCUAUUGUCCUGCUUGCGGCUGCUGUCGUCGUCCAGUGAUCCAGACGAAAACAGAAUUUUACAAGAGCACAGGAUGCUGUGCUGCCUGUUUGAUUAGUUGUUGGCCCUUUUGCUUUUUACCUUGCCUCAUUUCACCUGAGAACCGUGAAUAUCUACAUUGCCCCAAUUGCAAAACCUUUCUGGGCCUCUAUGAUCGUGAGAAUAAUUGCAUUAAACCGAAUCGUGAUUUUGUGGUUUGUACAUUGCCUUCUAAAACCUGUUCCUGUCCCAGUUGCAGUACUCGGUCCAGUUCAAAGAAUUGUCAAUAAUUUUUUAACAAUUUUACCAACCAUGAAUGGAAAACUAUUUUUCAUUUUCAUUUAAAUUGUUUGUAUGAGUAACAUAAAUACAUAUAUGGGCAUGGAAAAGCUUUUUGGUGUGUGUCAAAGCUUUGACCUUAGUCGGGACUGAAACCAUUUUGGUGACCUCGUAA